AUGGGUAAAGGAAGUGGCGCAUCAGCCAAGUCAUACCCACCCGUUCUUUACAAGAACAUAAAGACAAUUAGGAAGUCGCCAAAGCAAAUACCUGACACUAUCACUUUGGAACAAAUCGUCGAUUCCCUCCCCAAGGAUGUGUUUGAGAAGAGUGAACUCAAGGCCUACUCCUCGCUCCUGCUCACCAUCUUCUUCAUCGCCUGCUCCAUCAUCUUUAUCAACAAAGUACCAUCCUAUCUCUACCCAGUCGGUUGGUUCCUCGGAGGUGCUUCAAUCACCGGUUUGUUUGUUAUUGGAAAUGACUGCAACCACAAGUCAUUCACCAAGUCACCACUUGUUAACUCUGUCAUUGGAACCAUUGUUAUGCUUCCAUUGCUCUACCCAUUCCAAUCCUGGAAGAUUAUUGAGAGAUUGAAUCUCCAAUCUUCCAACUCAUCUUUCAUUAAGACUUGGGCCACCGGAAAGUUGUUCUGGUUGCUAAGCAUCUCUAACUGGGCUGGCAACUACUUCAACUUGAAGAAGGUUGAGGACAAGAAGGACAAGGCAAAGGCCUUGUCUUCGAUCGUUCUGGUCUACGUGUUUGCCGGUAUCUUCUUCCCAUUGGUGUUCAAGUUCUUUGGUCUCAGCGGAGUGCUCAACUACUGGUUGGCUCCAUGGUUGAUCUGCCACUUGCUCGUGUCGACCUUCACCUUCUUGCCCCGUGUUCCCUUCCUCGACCAGCAGGACAAGCCAUUGGACAAGCGUUACCUGGUCCACAUCACCUACCCCAAGUGGUUCGAGUUCGUCGUCAAGGACAUCAACUUUGGCCUUCCCCGCCAGAUCGCCGUGACCAUCCCUCACUACAACCUGCGUCUCGCCUACGAGUCCUUCCGCAAGCAGUGGGGCGAGUACAUUUACGAGUGCACCUUUGAGCUUGACCUGUUCCGCGAGCUCGUCACCAAGUCCAAGACCUUCUCCGACGAGAUCUUCACUCCUUUCGACAGCACCCCAUCACCCUCCAAUAAAUGUCCU